AUGGCGACGGAUGGCGCCCUGCCUCCCGGGGGCCCACCCCGCAGCGGCGCCCAGCCGGCCUUCCAGGAGCGCUUCUUCCGGCAGCGGCUGGACCACUUCAACUUCCAGGCCUGCCGCAACCGGACCUUCCUCCAGCGGUACCUGGUCACAGAUGAGUUCUGGAGGCCGGGGGCCGGCCCCAUCUUCUUCUACACAGGGAACGAAGGGAACGUCUGGACCUUCGCCCUCAACACCGGCUUCCUGCUGGAGCUGGCAGAGCAGCAGGGGGCCCUGGUGGUCUUUGCCGAGCACAGGUAUUACGGGAAAUCGCUUCCGUUUGGAGCAGAGUCCCUGAAGGGGCAAAACGCUGGGCUGCUGAGCGUGGAGCAAGCCCUGGCCGACUACGCGGUUCUCAUUGUGUGGCUGAAGGAGCAGCACCAGGCGCAGAACUCGCCCGUCAUUGCCUUCGGGGGCAGUUACGGAGGGAUGCUCAGCGCCUACAUGAGACUGAAGUACCCCAACCUGGUGGCCGGGGCCCUUGCGGCCAGCGCCCCCGUGCUGUCCACCGCGGGGAUUGGAGACCCUGGCCAGUUCUUCAAGGACGUCACGGCAGACUUUGAGAACUACAGUCCAGAGUGUGCCAAAGCUGUCCGAGAAGCAUUCCGACAAAUCAAAGACCUCAGCCUGGUUGGAGCUUAUGGGAGAAUCAGCACGGAGAUGGCGCUCUGCCACCGGCUUUCGACUGAAGAGGACGUCAAGCAGCUCUUUGGGUUUGCCCGGAAUGCCUUCACCAUGAUGGCGAUGAUGGAUUAUCCUUACAAGACCGACUUUAUGGGCCACUUUCCAGCAAACCCCGUCAAGGUUGGCUGUGAACUGAUGUUGGCCAGUAAGGAUCCCAUCCGAGGGCUGGCAGCUCUUUCUGGAGUAUUUUACAACUCCACGGGGAUGGAAAUGUGUUUUGACAUUUACCAGCUGUACCAGAAAUGCUCCGAUCCAACCGGCUGUGGCACCGGCCCCGAUGCUGAGGCCUGGGAUUAUCAGGCCUGCACAGAGAUCAACUUAACGUUCGACAGCAACAACGUGACCGACAUGUUUCCGGAGCUGCCCUUCACCGAGGCUGCCCGGGAAGACUACUGCUUCCACAAGUGGGGGGUCUGGCCCCGGCCAUCCUGGUUGCGGACUAACUUUUGGGGCAGCGAUCUGGCUGCUGCGAGCAACAUCAUCUUUUCCAAUGGAGAUUUGGACCCGUGGGCAUCAGGCGGCGUGCGGAAGAACCUGAGCUCCUCCCUGACUGCCAUCUCCAUCAAAGGAGGCGCCCACCACCUCGAUCUCCGGAGCUCCGACCCAGCUGAUCCCGCCUCGGCCAGGGAAGCUCGGCUGCAGGAAGCCAGGAUCAUCCGGGGCUGGGUGGAGGCAGCCACCAUCAAGGCCACCAAGUAGUGCCUGAGUUGCCAGCCGGUG